CCCCCACUGAUCAGCGCUCAGCGCCUUCUCCAACAUCAUCGCAGCGCCAGAGAGCUCCAUCAGUGCAAAGAAAAAAACGCUAGCUUUUCGCAUGAACAAAUAAUGGCGAAUAUUGAUAGAGAUAACAUAAUGAACGAAGAGCAGGAAUCGUCUCAAUCGAACAGCUCGAACGGAUCGGAGGCCAUCACGCAUCAGCAACUGUCCGGUGGAAGCUUUCAGCUUAAAUCGAGCAUGCUGCGCCAACCAGUCACCUUCGGUUCUGGGCCAGGUGCUGGCGGAGGGAUUGGUGGAUUGUUUGGUAGUUGCUCCACUUCCUCGGGACCGAUUAACAGCUUCAACCUCAAGCCUAGCGUCCUGAAGCCAUCACAUUUUUGUGGUUUUGGCAGCAUCGGCAAUGAGAAGGAUCCGGAGCAAAAUCACAACGCCAGUAACAACAGCAUCGCAGUGAAUCCAUUUCUCAAAACCCAGAUCAGCGAGGAGGAACCGGAAGCGAGUAAGGAUGGAGAUAAUCCCGAUAAGGAGGAGAGUGCAGAUCCGCUGGCGAGUCUAAAUCGGUCAUCGAUGCCGAAAUCGAAUCUGUUUGCGAACGUAAAAUCGAUCAGCGAAAAUUCGGGAUUCGUGUUUGGGCAAAACGUACACGAGCGGGUCACCGGCGAAAACGUUCAAACGGACAAUUCCGUUACAACAGCAGGCUUGUCGUUUUCCAACACCGUUACCAACAGCAGUAGUGAUUCUUGUCCGACAAAUCCAACCGCUGCUGGGGGAGGAGUAGCAGGAAAUGCGACCUGCGAUGGUACCGAGGAAAGCCUAGAGGAAGCUGCUCGCCGCUAUGAAGAAAGUCGUGGUGCUCUGAAGCGGAAGUUUGACGAGGUGGAAACUAUCACCGGUGAGGAAGACGAGCGAAAUGUUGUGGAAAUCAAUUGCAAGCUGUUCGCGUUUGCCAAAAGCAACUGGGAGGAACGAGGUCACGGUACGCUACGGCUUAAUGACAAUGAUAGCAAGGAAUCGCGGGUUGUCUUCCGUCAGUCGGGCAAUCUUCGGGUGCUGAUCAACACGAAGGUCUGGGGUGGAAUGACUGCCGACCAGUCCAGCCAGAAGAGCUUGCGUCUAACCGCCAUGGAUACUAACGGUCAGGUGAAAGUGUUUCUUUUAAUGUCUCGUCCUGAUAUAAUCGCAAAGCUGCACAAAGAACUCGCCAAACGCAUUCAAACGGCAAAGGAGCUGGCAGCCGAACAGGAUCACGAUGCCGGUAAAGAGAAUAAUGCGGAAAAUGUUGCUUCCAGUAAGCAGAGUGAAGAAGAUCUGCUGGACAGUACGAAAGAUGAACCGGACUGCGACGAGCCGAGCCCAAAAAAGCGUCUGAGCUCAUCAUCGUAAAUUAAUUCCUAUCCUAAUUCAAAACAUAAUAUUCUUCAAGCCGCAGGUAAACAAAAAAACGCGUUUGGCAUCCUUUUUCAAGAUUUCUUCUCAGUCAAAAUAAAAUAAAAACAAAAGAAAAAUCAUGCACCAAUUUCAAUUACAACUUCAUUGGCAAAGCGAUCAAGCAAAUAAUAUUCGUUUCUCGUGACAUUGCUGCACUGCCGCAUGACACCGAAGGUUGCUACUGAAUAGCUUUUCCUUCGAAUUGAUUCCAAUCUUUAAUCUGACUUUUUGUUAUAAGCAUUAGGUUCGUCUAUAAUAAUAGGUGUUGAUGAUAUUCGAAAUAAAAUAUGAUUGUAGGUACUGUACCGUUAAAAAUAGUAAAAGCAAGGCAAACUGUACUGAGCGGUGUUUCCGCCAAUGCGGCAAUUAUGAACUGACACCAGAAUAUAAGCAAUUUAGAGCUGCAAAUCGCACGACCGCGGUUUGAGAGCUGAUCUCCAGCUCGUCGUCGGCUCGAUGAUAGAGGAGCUUGAAAAAUACCCUUACCUACUCUGCACUAAAUAUUGCUGAAAUAGUGCUGUAUUUAAAGUGGAUCGAUUCAGUGAAAUACAGUGUUUGAGUAAAAACUACAAA